GGGGCGAAGUCCUCACAGAAGUGGAGUGGGGGGGCCGAGGCCAGAGGAAGUGGCUGGGCCUGAACUUGGCACUGUGCCUGACACAAGGGCUUGGGCAUCCCCCCCACCCUCAGCUUUGGUUUCUAAAGCCACUUCUCAGGAGCAGGGACCCUCCUGCAUCUCUUCUGUUCUCUGACUCCCGGUUACUUGUAGCCCUGGGGAAUGAAGAAUAAGUGUCUGAGUCUAGGAGUGAAACCCAAGUGCUGGUGACAGAAUUCAUCUUAGUUUUGGGGAACUGGUUUUAUUUCCCUUAUAUCCACGUAGUGAGUGGCACGGAACGCCUGUGACUCUGCCCUUCCAUCCUUGGACUGUUGGCUGGGGAAGCUGCCUGCUUUCCAGAUUGCUGACAGUCAAAGAACUUCUGAGGUUCUCUACAGUUGUUUGGUGGCCUCACCUUACUGGCCUCUGUAACCUGGAGAAUUUGUUUCCAGAAAGUUCAGGAGCCCUGGAAAGGAGAAGGAAUAAGACGUCAGGAGGAAGAGAGAGAGAGGGUAGAAUGGAAGAGUCUCACUUCAAUUCUAACCCAUACUUCUGGCCUUCUAUCCCCACAGUCUCAGGGCAGAUUGAAAAUACAAUGUUCAUCAACAAGAUGAAGGAUCAGCUAUUGCCAGAAAAGGGCUGUGGACUGGCGCCACCUCACUAUCCCACUUUGCUGACAGUGCCUGCCUCAGUGUCUCUGUCCUCUGGCAUUAGCAUGGACACAGAGUCCAAGUCAGAACAGCUGACCCCACACAGUCAGGCAUCUGUCACCCAGAACAUUACUGUGGUCCCUGUACCAUCUACAGGACUGAUGACUGCAGGUCCUGGUUUGGUAAUCACAUCCCCCUCAGGCUCUCUUGUGACCACAGCCUCAUCAGCUCAGACCUUCCCUAUUUCGGCUCCCAUGAUUGUCUCAGCUCUUCCCCCUGGCUCACAAGCCCUGCAGGUGGUCCCUGACCUCUCUAAGAAGGUAGCAUCAACCCUAACUGAGGAAGGAGGCGGAGGUGGUGGUGGAGGUGGCAAUGUGGCUCCUCCUAAACCUCCUCGAGGCCGCAAGAAGAAGCGGAUGCUGGAAUCAGGGCUUCCUGAGAUGAAUGACCCUUACGUCCUUGCCCCCGAUGACGAUGACCAUCAGAAAGAUGGCAAGACCUACAGGAGCGAAGGGAACUGCGGCACAGGAAAUGGACAGAGCCUUGGGCUCAUGGAUUCAGUUCCCGGCUCCACCACGAACUUGCUGUGUGACCCUGGGUGCCGGAUGUGCUCACUGACCUUCUACUCAAAGUCGGAGAUGCAGAUCCACUCCAAGUCACACACCGAGACCAAGCCCCACAAGUGCCCGCACUGCUCCAAGACCUUCGCCAACAGCUCCUACCUGGCCCAGCACAUCCGAAUCCACUCAGGGGCCAAGCCCUAUAGUUGUAACUUUUGUGAGAAAUCCUUCCGCCAGCUCUCCCAUCUGCAGCAGCACACCCGGAUUCACUCCAAGAUGCACACGGAGACCAUCAAGCCCCACAAGUGCCCGCACUGCUCCAAGACCUUCGCCAACACCUCCUACCUGGCCCAGCACCUCCGAAUCCACUCGGGGGCCAAGCCCUACAACUGUUCCUACUGCCAGAAGGCCUUCCGCCAGCUCUCCCACCUCCAGCAGCACACACGAAUCCACACCGGUGAUAGACCAUACAAAUGUGCACACCCGGGCUGUGAGAAGGCCUUCACACAACUCUCCAAUCUGCAGUCUCACAGACGGCAGCACAACAAAGAUAAACCCUUCAAGUGCCACAACUGUCACCGAGCAUACACAGACGCAGCCUCACUAGAGGCUCACUUAUCUACACAUACGGUGAAGCAUGCCAAGGUGUAUACCUGCACAAUCUGUAGUCGGGCAUACACAUCGGAAACAUACCUUAUGAAACAUAUGCGCAAACACAACCCUCCUGAUCUUCAGCAACAAGUGCAAGCAGCAGCGGCGGCGGCAGCAGUGGCCCAGGCCCAGGCCCAGGCCCAGGCUCAGGCUCAGGCUCAGGCCCAGGCUCAGGCCCAGGCCCAGGCCCAGGCUCAGGCUCAGGCCCAGGCUCAGGCUCAGGCUCAGGCCCAGGCCCAGGCUCAGGCUCAGGCUCAGGCUCAGGCCCAGGCUUCCCAGGCAUCACAACAGCAGCAACAGCAGCAACAGCCACCACCACCACAACCACCACACUUCCAGUCCCCUGGGGCAGCUCCCCAAGGUGGGGGUGGUGGGGACAGCAACCCGAACCCUCCACCCCAGUGUUCCUUUGACCUGACCCCCUAUAAGACGGCGGCAGAGCAUCAUAAAGACAUCUGCCUCACUGUCACCACCAGCACCAUCCAGGUGGAGCACCUGGCCAGCUCUUAGAGAUCCGUACUGCCAUCCACUGGAAAGAGGGAGGAGUUCUGGGCCCUCCUAUGUCAACUCCUCUUGUUGGGAAAGUUCUCUUCUUCCUUGACAAGUCCUGUCUCCAGCUCCUUGGUCCUCAGGCAUGGCUUCCUUCGCAAGAUAACCAUCCUUAAUCUCAGCUGCUCCUGAUUGACAAAGGAAUCUUGAGCUGAUAGUGUUAUCCAACAGCCCCAUCCAAGCAGAGCUUUUAAAACUGGGGGUUGGUGCUUGAGAGAGGAUCUGCUGUGACCUCACAUCUUGUCCAGUGUGGGCACUUACCUUUCUCUCUUCUCAUCCUCAAAGUUGGGGCCGACAGAAGGCUAGCGGCUGGCCUCCCAGAUAACAGAAAAGGAAGCUCUAAACGCAACCAGCCUUCCGUUCUACGCUUACCUGUAAAAGAACAGGUUCUGCACGUGGCCUGACCCCUGUGAGCCAUUUUCUUUCCCUUACAUGGUCUCACUUCCUAUUGGGUGGUGACUACCCUUUUAUUUGUACGGGGGACGGUAGCUGAUACAUGGUCGCCAAGGUGCCAGAGAUCCCCAGGUGACCACGGGUGGUAUAAGAGAAUGGGUUAUGAUUUUUCCUCCAAGUCUCCUUCCUUCUCUGCCAACCAAGGGCCUAUAUACUCCGCCUCACCACCCCAGUCCAAGGAGCUGUGGGAGCUGUGUUCUCUGCAAAACCCCAGCCAGGCUAUUGCAGAGAAGGGAGAAGUCAGAGCACACACAAGGACUGGACUUAGCUCCCUAGGUGCCACGGUCAGAUGCCAGACAUGGAUUUAUAUAUAAAUAUAUAUAUAUAAAUAUAUAUAUAUACCUGCUCAUCACGGCCAUCUUUGUUGUAACCAUUUCUGUGUUUAUAAAUGCAUUAUCUCUGAGAAUUUUCAUAUUGAUGUUUUGUUUUUGUCUUAUUUUUCUCCACCUUGUCCUCUGGCCAUGGCAUUUUAAUUUUCUUUUACCUUUUAAUUUUUUAAAUCAUGGCAGAUUUCAGAGAAAAGAAAAUUAAAAUAAUCAGGAAUUAUACAGUUGUUAUAAAGCAAUUUAAAAAUGAAAAUUCUUAUGUACAAACUAAGGGGUGUUUUUAGAACAUUGUAUAGAAAUAAAUUCAUGUUUAAGGAUGA